AUGGAUAUUCAGCUCUCUGUGUUAGCUGUAUCAGAGUUAUGUGACCACAAAGAUAUACUUCCAGAACCUGACCGGCCAUCUGUACGGUUAGAGGUAUCCCAAACAGCCACUCUGGAAUGUUGUUACAAGGGCUCUGGUAAUUUCACAGUCCAUUGGGUCAAAAUCGUCCGCGUCAAAAACGAAUCGACAAUGAGUGAAGUGCCUGAUAAUACCGGAGAAAGAGGUAAAAGGAUGACCCAGGAAGUCACAUGUCACACACUGACCUUUAAAGAGGUCACACUGGACCACGCGGGCCUUUAUAGAUGUUAUUUCAACAACACCAGAGGCUCUGGUUCGAAAAGAGAAGUGUACACACAUGGCACCUACUUACAAGUGUACAAGCCAAUAGAGAAGACCUUCCUGGACAUCAGUGACAGAACUAAGAACAGUAUCAUCACCGCUGAGGGUAUCCUGCUCCUGCUUUGUGCUGUGAUCCCUGGACUCACACUUAUCUGCAAGAAGAAGAGACUAAACCAGCUGGAGAGACGGAAAGACAAAGAACAAGAGAACGUGUAUGAGGGUCUUAAUCUGGAAGACUGCAACACCACCUAUCAUGAGAUCCAACGUUCCCAAGUGCAGGGAACCUAUCAGGACGUGGGAAACACGGUGACGGGGGAUAUUACGCUGGAAAAACCCUGA